GCUGCGUCCGCACGUAAAUACUUAUGAGGUGUUCCGUCAUAAAUCGUCCGACCUACAACAAGGUUAACGGGGAACCCUGAUAUAAAGUAGUUGUCUUCCAGCAAAUACUUAAAGCUAAACCUGAGCGCUUGUCGCAGUAAAUAUUUACACCUGCGAGCUUAGCGCUUAUUUUAAGAAAAAAUGUGCUGUAACAUCGCGGCGCAUAAUUAGUAUCGGGGAGUUAUUACAUAAAAGCUGCUGCCCGAACUUUCCCGACUGUCUCGCGCCGCGGACUUUGAUCAGUUCCACGCGUCGAAGAAGUUGCACAAACGCGGUUCCUGCUGCUGCUGCUGCUGCUGCUGCUGCUGCUGCUGCUGCUGCUGCUGCUGCUGCUGCUGUCGUCGUCGCGUAUAAAUAAAAGUUGUUGUAAAAAUGGAAGACGAAAUAACUCCUGUCCGGGAGCAACACAAGUUCAACGUGGCGAACUUGCAGCGGUAUCUGUCGGGUAAAAUAAGGGCCAUUUCGCAGGAGGACGAGUUUACUGUGCAGCAGUUCGGGAGGGGACAAUCGAACCCGACCUUCCUUCUGCGGAACCACAGAGGCUCCUGGGUUCUCCGAAAGAAACCGCCCGGAGACCUGCUUCUGAGGGCGCACCAGGUGGACAGAGAGUUCCGUGUCCAGGAGGCCCUGUUCCGUAUCGGAUUUCCCGUCCCCGAACCCCUGCUGUACUGCACCGACGUCUCGGUCAUCGGGACCGAAUUCUACAUCAUGGAGCACGUGCAGGGCCGCAUCUUCCGGGACCUUCGGCUGCCAGGGGCGAGCGCGACGGAGCGGGCCGCGCUGUACGUGGCGGCGAUUGAGGUCCUGGCGAAGCUGCACCGCGUGGACGUGACGGCCGUGGGGCUGGACGGCUUCGGGAAAGGGCCCGGGUACUGCAGGAGGCAGGUGUCCACCUGGACGAAACAGUACAAAGCCACCGCCCACAGGGACAUCCCGGCCGUGGAUCGGCUCUCCGAUUGGCUGACGAACAACCUGCCGGCCGACGACACCGAGACGACGCUCGUCCACGGAGACUUUCGAGUCGACAACCUGAUUUUCCAUCCCACCGAGGCGCGCGUCCUGGCGGUGCUCGACUGGGAGCUCUCCACCGCCGGCCAGCCCGUCGCGGACCUCGCCUACUUCCUCUUGCCCUUCUACUGGCCCGGUACCUUCAGCAUCGCUGACUCCAUGGGGGGGCUCGGGGGGGCGGAAGGUAGCCCCGCCCCCGAUGACCUGCUCGCCAUCUACUGCCGCUGCAGACGAAUCCCUCCCGUCGUGCCCCGGUGGAACUUCUUCCUCGCUCUCUCCGCGUUUAAGCUGGCAGGAAUAGCUCAGGGGAUCUACGCUCGACACCUCCUGGGAAACGCCAGCGCCCCAGAUGCCCACAAGUUCGGUGACAGUGUGGAGCCGCUAGCAGAAGUGGGUCUGCAGGUCGCGAAGAGCGUCAAACCCGGUGGCUCCCGGCCGCCCGCGGCGGACCCCCGGCUGUUCCAGCAGACCCCCAAGGGCCGGGAGAUGCUUCAGAAGGUCAGGGAGUUCAUGAGGCUCCACGUGUUUCCUGCGGAACAGGCGGUGGCGGAGUACUACGUGAAGAAUGCGGGCUCCCCGCUGAGAUGGAGCACGCCUCCCGUCGUGGAGGAGCUGAAGGCCAAGGCUCGAGCCGCUGGGCUCUGGAACCUCUUCCUGCCCGCCGUCAGCGGCCUCAGCCAGUUGGACUACGCCCACAUCGCCGAGGAGACUGGCCGAUGCUUCUUCGCUCCGGAGCUCUUCAACUGCCAGGCUCCAGACACUGGAAACAUGGAGGUGCUCCACAUGUUCGGCAGCGAGGAGCAGAAGCGGCGAUGGCUGGAGCCCCUGCUUCGAGGAGAGAUCCGCUCCUGCUUCUGUAUGACAGAACCGGACGUGGCGUCUAGUGAUGCCACCAACAUGGAAUGCUCGCUGCGGAAGGACGGCGACCAGUACGUCAUCAACGGGAAGAAAUGGUGGAGCAGCGGCGCUGGCAGCCCUCACUGCAAAGUGGCCAUCGUGAUGUGCAGGAACAAGUCACAUGACCCCACGUACAGGCACCGAGAGCACAGCAUGGUCCUGGUCCCCAUGGACACCGCCGGCGUGGAGCUCAUCAGACCGCUGACCGUGUUCGGAGAGGACGAUGCCAUCCACGGCGGACACUUUGAGAUCCGCUUCGACGACGUGCGUGUGCCGCUGUCCAACAUUAUUUUAGGCGAGGGCCGAGGGUUCGAGAUCGCCCAGGGGCGCCUGGGGCCGGGCCGGCUGCACCACUGCAUGCGAGCCGUGGGGUUGGCCGAGAGAGCGCUGGAGCUGCUGUGCCAGCGGGCGGCGGAGCGACGCACCUUCGGCAAGAAGCUGUACCAGCACGAGGUAAUUGCCCACUGGAUCGCGGAGUGCCGCAUCGCCAUCGAGGAGACUCGCCUGCUGACGCUGCAGGCCGCCCGCUGUCUCGACGUUGGAGGCGGCAAAGCCGCCCGCAAGCAGAUCGCCAUGAUGAAGGUGGCUGCUGGGAGGAUGGCCUGCGAGGUGGUGGACCGCGCCAUUCAGGUCCACGGGGCAGCUGGGGUGUCGGACGACGUCCCCCUCGCACGGAUGUACGCUUACGUGCGCACGCUGCGCAUCGCCGACGGGCCAGAUGAGGUGCACCUGUCAUCCAUCGCUGGCAUGGAGCUGCGAGACCAGCUGAGAAGGGUCAGCGCCAGGCUGUGACGCACUGCCUCCCCCCACCUGCUGGUACACACUCAUCAGACUAGUUUUGAUUCAUACAUUAUUACACACUGUGGCAAAGGAUGGAUCUUUGCCUCUCUCCGCUAGGACAGGUCAUAUGGAUUUUUCAUCCCGUCACUUUGUCGCGUGGGGGCUGUAAAUUGUGUGAAAUUAAUUCUGCAUUCUGAACGAGUAGAACAGAACAGGGGACUGAAGAAUAGUUUUGUUUGGAACUUAAAUAGAAAAAUGAUUAGCUUUGGAGAGUAGCUCAGAAAUGGAAAGCCAGAAAUAUUUUACUUAUAAUUGCACCUAAUAAGGUGUAAAAUUACAGCUAACAGUGGUGCUAUAAGUGGAGAGAAUAUAUUAUUAUAAUUAAUGAAACACUGAAAAUCACUCAAGAAAUAUUACAACAGAUGUAGAAAUUAUUCGCUGCAUAUGAAAUUCCUCCCGUGCACUUCGGGCUUUAUAAUUUGGUGUCAGUUUAUGAACGGUGUGCCUGACAUUCUGUUUGUCAUUCUGGAGAUGAACAACAUAAUAAAAUAAAGACUGCAAUAUUGUCUGACAUUCAAAGCAAACGGCAGCUAUAUUUUAUCCAAUCCAUUCAACUGCCAUCACUUUGUAAUAUUCAGCUCAGUUUGAUUAUACCGCAUAUAUGCAGGCCAGCAGGUGGCGCUGUGGUUAGAGCUGUCACCUUGAAGGUUGAAGGUUCAUUCAAAUCCCAAAUACCUCCUGCUGUACUCUUGAGCAAGUUACUUACCCUGAAUUGAUGCAGUAAAAAUUACCAUAAUGUACAAAUUGGUAAAUCAUCUUAAAUUGUUCAGUCUGCAAACUUUGGAGAAAAGCAUCAGAUAAAUUAAUUAUACAUACAUGCAUACAUACAAUACAUAUGGUCACAGUGAAUAAAAUUGUGGACAUGCAUUGAAGGGAGCGAUGACAGCUCAUAAACUAACUUAUUGUUACUUCGUAUUUCACUGGUACCUUUGUCGACAGCACUAGACACACCACACCAAGCUUACAGUUAUCUACCCAUGCACAGACCACCAACUGCCCCAUAGGAAUUGUCCCUGCCUCCCGUUGUCUCUAACCAGCUUGGAAGUGACCCUCAGACUGUAGCAUUGUUACAUUUACAUUCACAUUUAUUAAUUUAGCAGAUGCUUUUCUCCAAAGCAACGUGCAUCUCAUAGAAAAUACAAUUUACGCAUUAUUGUGCAUAAAAUAAAGAAUGCAAUUUGUGCAUUCUUUAUUUUAAAAACCAGGUAAAACACACUACAAGCCCCACACCUGUUGCAGAACAGCAGCCUUUUAGUAGCAAUGUGUUUUUAAUUCAAAAGGAUGAGAACAGAACACUCACUGGUGAAGCACUUUUUCAAAAUGAGAACCACACAGUUUAAAACACAAGCUGUCCAGGAAUAAGUUGAACAACUGUCUUUAGAACAAAAUAUUAUAUAAAGAAGAUUUUAAAAGAUUAUAGAAGAAAUUAAAAGCUUUCCUCUGUUGCAGAACAGGAAUGUAGCUGCUUCUUAAACUGGCAUUCAAACCAUGUUUAAAAUAUUACAAAAAUCCAUGAGUCCAUAAAUAAUCAAAAUGUCUCCUCUGCACUCUGUCUCUUGCCCAAUGCUUUCUGGACAUACUCUGGACAACUGUGACCCUGCAUUAGGAUAGCAGUUAUAGAUAAUGAAUGAAUAAGUGGUAAGCUGUAAAUAAUAAUUUUUGUCACAUAUAAAUUAUGUUGUUAUGCAUAAAAGCAUCUUUUAUUCUGGUAUUUGAGUUUAGGUGACUUAUUCUUCAUCUGGAAAAAAUUAUUUUUCAACUGAUGGAUGUCAUCAUAGGAAUUCAGAAAGGGAUAUUUGGAAAUGGUCAUGACGCACCCUAAUUGUCAUCCUUUAGACUCUGGGCGCUGAAUGUGAGGGAAUGUUGCAGUUUCUCUUGGAAAGUGUCCAGGGUUGUGGCUUUGAAUAUAGCUCCCAGCUCGAGAUUAGAGAUUGAAUGUUGUCUCAGUCAUCGUGUUGGUUUCCUCCGGAUCCUCCACUCUCAUCCACCCUGUCUGGGGGAAGUAGAGACUAAAUCACUCUGAGUGUGAGUGUGCAUGCAUGUGUGCGUGUUCAUCUCUCUCAGGAUCCCUGUGAUCCUGACCCAAAGUUAUUGAGAGUUAAAGGACUGAUGGAAGGAUUGAAACACUACUUCAAAACUGCCUUAAAACAUGUAACUUGGUCCGAGGUUAUCCCACUUAUUUCUGCACUGUAGGGUUUUUAUAAUUAAUAAUCCAUAAAUAUAGUCGCAUCUAAAACAAAGCUCUGAAAACAAGCACUGUGGUAGAAUGUCCAAUUUAUUGUAUUGGAAAAUUGGAGGGAAAAGUGUGGAAGGAACCACAGAAAGACACCAUAUCAUAGUUGUGUGUUUAUAUAUAUAUGCAUAUAUAUUUGCUUGAUGUUAUUGUCUUUGUAGAUUUAGGAUGAGCGAAAACUAAAAUGCAUUCCUGCUUUUACAGUUGUGGAAUGUAGGUAAUUCAGUGGGAAGUGUGUGUGGAGUUGUGCUGUGGGAACAGAGGAGCCCGCGCUUCUGGACUCGACGUGUUGAUGCACCUGCAUCUUUCUUUACUCAUGAUGCAGACGAAUCCCUUGCGUUGCUGUAACUGCAAAACCCUCUUGAC